AUGCAUUCAAGAAUUAAAAGUGAUACUGUGUUUGUAUCUCACAUAUAGGAUUUAUAAUAAUCAACUAGCAAUAAAAUUUUGAAAUCAGAGUUGGAUUUAGUUCAAUCUGAAUAAACAGAAAUUUAUACAGGAAUGUUUAAAGAAUUUAAAUAAGAUGCAAUAUUUUCACCUGUUAUAAAAACAAAUCAUUCAAGGAAUUCAUAAUUUUUGGUCAAUGAAAAUGAUUAAGAAUUUGAAGAGCAUUCAAUUUGGGAAGAUGCUGAACAAAUACCUGUUGGAAAUAAUAAAGAAAAUAAAUUGAUAUCAUUUUUAGAGUUAUAUAAGUAUAGAUAAGAAAGUACCACAAAAAAACCCGUGUCUAGUUACAAUGUAAUAUAGAUGACUAAGAAGUAAUUUCUUAUAAAUAUAAAAAUAGACUCAUAAAUAGGCAUUAUCACUGUAAAAUAAAGUAUUCUGGAAUAGAUAAAGUAUAAUGGAUUGAUUUUAGGGAUUGGACUAAAUGA